UAGUGGCCAUGCCGUUUGUUGAGAUAGACUUUUCGGAGCUGGAGUUUUUCGAGCGUCUGGGCAGCGGCGCCGCGGGCACCGUCUACCGCGCUCUCUGGAAGACGCAGGAGAAAGUGGUGGCAGUCAAGAAAUUACUGCAGUUGGAAGCUGAGGCCGAUGUUCUGAGCUCUCUCAGUCACCGGAACAUCGUCCAAUUUUUUGGGGCCGUCGUCCAGCCCCCCAAUUACUGCCUCGUCACAGGACACCGUGUUGAUCAGGACACCGUGUUGAUCAGGAAUGAACUAUCUCCACUACGAGGCCCCAGCCCUGUCAUCCACAGAGACCUCAAGUCAAGAAAUGUUGUGAUAGCUGCAGAUCUAACAGCAAAGGUCAUACAACAACUCCCUGUGAGCCCAGCCUGCGAUGUCUUCUCUUAUAGCAUUGUACUCUGGGAGCUCCUCACAAGAGAAGUGCCUUUCAAGGGGCUGGAGGGGCUUCAGGUGGCGUGGUUGGUAGUGGCAAAAGACGAGAGGUUGAUAAUUCCGAAAUCUUGCCCCCCUCUGUUUGCAGACCUAAUGCGGAAGUGCUGGCUGGCAGAACCUAAGGAUAGACUAAAUUUCAAGCAGAUCUUGGACCAGCUGCAGAACAUGUUGGAGAAUGAAAGUUUGGAGGAAGAGACAAAGUCUUUCCUGAAGCAGAAAGAUGAAUGGAAGAAGGAGAUAGAGGAGAAGUUGGAGACACUGAAAAACGUUCGCAGGGAGCUGUCUGACAAGGAGUUUCAGCUGCGGGAGAGAGAGAAGGAACUUGAUGCUCGGGAGAAACAACUCGUCUCCAAGAAAAGAAGUUCUCUCCAUGGCAACCAUGACGUAAAUGGCUGGACCGAGGAUGAUGCUGUUAAUUGGAUCCAGAGUCUGCCGGGACCGGAGCUGGCUGCAUAUUCAGAGGUGUUCCUCAAGAAUCAUAUCACAGGCCGUAGGUUGUUUCUGUUGACCGGAGAUGACUUGCUGCAGAUUGGAGUCCUCUCAGUAGGGCACAGGAAGGAACUUCUGGUCAGUCCGGUUUCACAAACCUGUUUUACUGCAGUGGAACUCCUCUCUGAGGAAACCCCUGAAAUGAGCACACCUCUCUAAUACGGACACCUUUUCUUUCCCCCAAGAACAGUUUCUCGCAUGCAAUUUAACCCCUGAAAUAAGGACACCUCACUAAUAUGGACACUUUCUUCUGUCUGAUUGGUGUCGCGAUAAUAUCGGAGCAUUACGACACACUGCAGGUUGCCAUAGAGAGUCUGAGACGAGAGAAUCACCGACUACUUCAUUUCCCGCCUAUUUUUCUCGGGAGUAAGAACUCGUCUAGGUCAAAGCUCCAAGAGUCCAACCAGGUCGUUUCCCUGGCGAUUAUCUUCAGCAUCCUGCAAAGACCGACGUCUGCUGUGAGCCAAGCAAAGAGAAAGGGAGGGGAACUGUUACAGUGUUUUGAGAUGACCUCAUACAUGCAUUAGUUGAGGAAUGAUUUUUUUUACUUUGAUGUUUGGUUGCUUGCUUCCGGGAUAAUUUUUUUAUGUCCUCUAGAUAAUCUAUGCAUGUCCCUAGAAAAUGUAUUACUUUAUGCAUGUCCCUAGAAAAUGCCGCAUGCUCUGAAAAUGUCGCAUUGUGUAUCUGGGAAUGGUCUGAACAGGCCUUGCUCCUUGUCUGAGCAACUGUCUUGUUGUCUGUGUGGUUGUGUGUACAUCUACAGCGGAGCAGAUGGAAGAUCAUGGUGGACGUGGAUGGUUCAUUAGCAGCUACCUCUGCUGUCAAGGAGAUUCAGUUGAUGUUGUCCAGCUCCAUUCCAGCUGACAUAGUGAGACUGUACCAACCCCCUUACGUCAUGGACGAGUGGAGGGAAGGACCAGUCAGUAGAACCAUCAACUGCGUUAUCUAUUACAAGGAUCACGUCAAAAAGCCGCAAGAGACCAGCUACAAGUUUGAGACGGGAGCAGUCACGUCCGAGAUCCAAGUCGACUUGGAAUUGGGGCGAUCACGGGAAGAGAGGACCCCUGUUGAUCAGGGACAGAGCAGUCAACCUUUGACCCCCAGCAUGUCGAGCUCUUCACUAUCGGGUGUGUGGGCGGCCAGAGCCGAUUAUCUCCCUCACCACCUGGAGCCGAGGGAGGUGGAGAGUUUUCUGUCGCCACGGCAACAACCAGGGGAAUUCCCCUCUCCCUCUCGCGACUCGAUCCCACUGGGGGAAAUUAGCCGACUCACUGCCGAGGAGGAAGAGGGAGAGGGAGAAUUCCUAGAGACUGCGUCCACAAUGACGGAGAAAGACAAGACGGAAUUAGAGAGGGGGAUCAGGGAGGCUCUAUUUAGAGGAGGGGAAACCCCUGGAUCAGGUCGACGACCCUACAAGGGACGCCCUCUUCGAGGGGCGUGGGCCACUGCGGGGCAAAGCGGAGCUUCCGUUGUCACAAAGACAGGGGAACCGAUGCCUGGGGGGAAUCUGACCCCCGUGAAAUUCAGCAUCUCCAGCCCGGGGUCGAGUUCUGGUCACGUGACCCCACAGAGGAGUGGCUCCAGGACGCCAAAUUCAAGAUACGAGCAAACGCCGCCUCAGAGAUCACGGGGUUCUAAUUGGAGCACACUGAGUCCACAGCGUGGCCAUGGAAACAGAGGUGCCUAUAGACAUUCUGAGAGUGGGCCGGAGCGAAGCUACGAGGCAGCAGACCAUCGGCAACAAUUCGUCCCUCGCCGUUCCUACAGUGAGCAAUACUCGUGGGGAACCGGCCAAUCAGAUCAUCCGAAUGAGUCACAUGACGACACUCACCAAUCUGAAAUUAAUAACUGGAAUGUCCACAUGCCUCGGAGUCGCCGUGGAAACAGCGAGAUGAGGGGGAGAGGGAGGGGUGAGAGGAAUAAUCAGGCAAGCAGGAGGGAAGGGGGAGAUGGGAGGGCGAGAGGUAGGGGAAGAGGUGAGAUUCAGUCGAGAAGAGGGGGAGGGGAGGGAAGAGGGAGAGAUCAGUACCAAAGGUCACAGAGUGACAUGACUGGUCGCAGACGACAUACCAGAGGAGCACCGGGAGGUCGCCAUAGAAACCCACCCUACACAGAACCAGCAGUCAAGGAGCAACCUUACAAAUAACAAACAUUUAGACGUGAAAUCUUUGCCAUUUCUUUCGCAUUUUUCAGGUUUAAAAACCUAGCAAUCUCUAAUCACCCACAGCAUUGUUUUAAAAUGUCAUGUAUUGUGACUCUGUGGUAUAAAAAUAGUGGUAUAAUUAUACAUUACGAGCAGCAGCCAAAGCGUCUGCGGUCGGCAGUCAUGUUGGCUACUACAGUCCAGACAUCCGUGUCGGUGUUAAACAUUUCCACGGAGCUGCAAUAACCCCCACUUCCCCUACCAUUGUGGCCUCCCAUUGCAAACAACUUGCGACCGAUGACUGCCAAACCAAGACCGCUGCGGGCCUCCGCCAUGUCGCCAAGGUCCGACCAUUUUUUGGUCGACGGAUCGUACGAUUCGGCGCUUCGCAGGCUCACAGCGUGAUCGCAUCCCCCGGCAACGUAGAGCCUUCCGUCGACAGCUGCAACACCAGCCAUGCAACGACGUGUUUUCAUCUCUUCCGUCAACCCCCAGAGACCAGUCUCGGGGUCGUACGCCUCGCAAGAUUGUAGGUCUGAAACUCCGUUGUAGCCACCGACAACAUACAUCCGUCCACCCAUCGAGCAAGCACACGCCAUGCUGCGAGGUACGACCAUGCUAGAGACGUAAGUCCACGUGUCUGUGUUAGGAUCAUACUGCUCCACGCUCUGCAGGCAGCUCGUCACCCCCCUGUACCCACCGAUGGCAUAGAAAUAUUCCCCCAGGGUUGCUGCGGCAACGCUACUCCGCCUCUCGUUCAUAUCCGAUAUCCGGGUCCAAAGGUCGCAUGUCGGAUCGUAUCGCUCGGCUAGUUUGAGAGGUUGGAUUCCAUCUGAUCCUCCAACUGCAUAGAGAUACCCGUUCAAAAUGGCCACGCCCACCCCUCUUCGGCACGUCGUCAUGGGUGCAAGUUUCUGCCAAGUGUUCUUGGCGGGGUCGAAAAGUUCGAUGCUGUCCACAGUGGUUCGGCCCGGACUGGUCUCGCCUCCGACGGCAUAUAUGAACAUGUUUCGUCCUACAGAGCGACGCGGUAUGUACUGGGCAAUGUUGAAAGCUUCAGAGUGUGGUUUCGGGGAUAUUGUACAAGUUUGGUGUAUUUUCGCUCCUUCGAUGUAGCUCGUGCACAGCGGAUUUGAGGAAAUGGAGUAAAUUUGUCCAAACUUCUCCUGUAGAGAUUUCCAUGGGACGAGGGGGAGCUUGAUCUGUUCCAGUGCUGUCAUGAAGACCUGACUCCGCCCCUUUUCGUCGUGUCGAAGCCAUUGCAAGACACAGUCCAACACCUCUUCCUCGCUGGACACCUGCAGAUCUUCGCACUUUACGAAAUCGAUCAAAAACUCAGGAGGUGUAGUCAAAAACUCCUCGCUAUGUACAACUUCUGCGAAAUUCUCAACGGCAAAGGUCCAGGCGUAGCGUUGGAGCUCAGAGCAUCCGUGAUGGUCGGCAAAUGCAGCAAUCCCGAGGCAGUUAUCGGCGCAUACCCUGGCUUUCAAAAAUUGGCAGCAAGCUUCAACGACAGCCGUAAGCUGGAGCAGGCUUGCCCCUGACAGAAGGUUUUGCACGUUCUUUUCCGUUAUUUCUAGCGAAGAAGAGUAGAUGAAGUCGACAAGAAGCCCGAGAGUUGGGCCGUCAAUUCCGUUCAGAUCGACGCUCCUCGCAGAGCUCUCACGAUGCUGAUUGGAGAACAUUGCGUUGAAGUAGGGACUUCCUGCGGCUAGGAUCACCUUGUGCGCUUGGAUCUGGCUGUCCUCCGCACGCAGGAAGAUGUCACACAGUCCGUUCCGUUCCCGAAGGGUGUGGACGGACGCCAGGAGCGUCCCUGCAUGGCUGACUGCGGUGAAGACGUAAGCAUCUCCACUCAGCAUCCGACUGUCUGAGCCACUGUCGUUUCCGUCUAACAGCCCCAUAGCGUCUCCUUUCAGCGAUCUAACUCCAACACGACAAAUAUGUACGACGUGAACGAGGAGACGGGUCUCAACAGGUCCACUGCAGACAGCUGUGCAGCUCAAGCAGAUUUGUAGCCAAGCACAGCCCCUGACGA